UCUGGACGAGGGACAAUUGUGUUGCGAACUUGGUUCCCUGUAGCUCUAAAGAAGGAGGUCCCGAGGUCGUGGCCGGCUACUUCCGUCUUGGACUCGAUCCCUGCAAGCUAGCCAAGUGGCCCCUGCACCGUUCGUUUCUUCGACAAUUUCACAAAACAUUGAGUCGGAAGGCAGCCACCACAUUAGACAAGCACGCUUACCUGUUUUAGGCGCGUCGACAACAGGGGAUAUUUGAUUGCCCCCACUAACCUUUCAACAACACCCAACGCUUCCCUUUUCCCAAGAUCGUGACAAAUCCAACAUUUGCAGAGGGCUGUGUCUGUCCUGGCUGCUUCACCAACUUUCCUCUCUCCACAUCCGUACCUCUUCAGCUUUUGCAUCACAUCCAUUCGUGACAAUGCGCGAGAUCAUCAGCAUCAACGUCGGCCAGGCCGGUUGCCAAAUCGCCAACUCCUGCUGGGAGCUCUACUGCCUUGAGCACGGAAUUCAGCCCGAUGGAUUUCUGACUGAAGAGCGCAAAGCCGCUGACCCCGACUAUGGCUUCAGCACGUUCUUCUCUGAAACCGGUCAGGGCAAGUAUGUUCCUCGCACCAUCUACUGUGAUCUCGAGCCCAAUGUCGUCGACGAGGUCCGCACUGGCGCCUACCGCAGUCUUUUCCACCCCGAGCAGAUGAUCACUGGCAAGGAGGACGCUUCCAACAACUACGCCCGUGGUCAUUACACUGUGGGCAAGGAGCUGAUCGACCAGGUCUUGGACAAGGUCCGCCGUGUUGCCGAUGCUUGCGCCGGUCUCCAGGGCUUCUUGGUUUUCCACUCGUUCGGUGGCGGCACUGGAUCUGGUUUCGGUGCUCUAUUGAUGGAGCGUCUGUCGGUCGACUAUGGCAAGAAGAGCAAGCUUGAAUUCUGCGUCUACCCCGCCCCUCAGACUGCCACCUCCGUCGUCGAGCCAUACAACUCUAUCCUCACCACUCACACCACCCUAGAGCACUCCGACUGCUCCUUCAUGGUGGACAACGAGGCUAUCUACGAUAUUUGCCGACGAAACCUUGGCCUCGAGCGUCCCAACUACGAGAACUUGAACCGUCUGAUUGCUCAAGUUGUGUCGUCCAUCACUGCCUCUCUGCGAUUCGAUGGCUCGCUCAACGUCGAUCUGAACGAGUUCCAGACCAACCUGGUUCCCUACCCCCGUAUUCACUUCCCUCUGGUCGCCUACGCCCCGGUCGUUUCCGCCGCCAAGGCUGCGCACGAGGCCAACUCGGUCCAGGAAAUGACCAUGUCCUGCUUCGAGCCCUACAACCAGAUGGUCAAGUGUGACCCCCGUCACGGAAAGUACAUGGCAACCUGCUUGCUGUACCGUGGUGACGUUGUCCCCAAGGACGCUCAUGCUGCCGUCGCCACUCUCAAGACCAAGCGCACCAUCCAGUUCGUCGAUUGGUGCCCGACAGGCUUCAAGCUUGGUAUCUGCUUCCAGCCGCCCCAGCUUGUGCCUAACGGAGACUUGGCCAAGGUUAACCGCGCUGUGUGCAUGCUCUCCAACACGACGGCCAUUGCCGAGGCUUGGUCCGCUCUCUCUUCCAAAUUCGAUCUUAUGUACUCGAAGCGUGCCUUCGUCCACUGGUACGUUGGUGAGGGUAUGGAGGAGGGUGAAUUCUCCGAGGCCCGUGAGGAUUUGGCGGCACUCGAGCGCGACUAUGAGGAGGUUGCAACAGACUCUCUGGAGGUCGAGGGUGACGUCGAGGCCGAGUACUAGGCGUCGAGCCCCUGAGGAAGAGGCUUGGUAGCGGUUUUGUCACUCAGUUUCCCACGUGGACACCUAGCCUGUUGCUAUGAUACCCUGUUCGUUUGCGGCAGGGAACAGAGUUGGCCAUUAUGCGCGGGUAUAGAGAAACUUUGUUUUCUUUUGUGAGAAUGGGGCACGAAAACAGGCUGUCUACCCUUAAUUUGAUCACAAGCAAGAAAACAGCCAGGCGAUGCGGAGUAGUAUACACUUGUAAAUCCGUCCUAUCACUUUUAAUAGUUCGACUCGUCAACGUGUAUUCGAGUUUCAUUUUCUGCCA